GCCCCGGCGGUUUGGUACCGAGCGGAGAGGGAGAUGCACACGGCACUCGAGUGAGGAAUCAGAGAUGAAGGUACACAUGCACACAAAAUUUUGCCUCAUUUGUUUGCUGACAUUUAUCUUUCAUCAAUGCAACCAUUGCCAUGAAGAUGGCCAUGACCCUAAAGAGAGCCAUGUACACAACCAUAAUGACACAGAAUCCUCACCAAGUAAACUUUCAGUGCUGGAAGCUGAAAAUGAACAAAAAUACUACAUUGAAAAACUUUUUGACCAUUAUGGUCAAAAUGGAAGAUUGUCAUUUUUUGGUCUUGAAAAACUGCUAACAAGCCUUGGUCUUGGAGAGUUAAAAGUAGUGGAGAUUAAUCAUGAGGAUAUUGGCCAUGAUCAUGUUUCCCACUUGGAUGCUUUAGAAGUACAAGAAGGAAAGCAUUCUCAUUCUCAUAACCAUCCUCAUUCUCGUAGCCACUCAGGUCCAGAAAACCAAACUGUGAAUGGUGUAUCUACAAAGAGAAACCAUAAAUGUGACCCUGAAAAAGACACAAUAGAGUCAUCGGUGAAACCUGCCAUUAAGCGUGUUCGUGACAACAAUCGUCGCCACCACCACCAUCAGCAUCAUCUUCAUCAUCACCUUGACCAUAAUGGUACUCAUCAUACUCAUAAUGAUUCAGUCAGUCAGAGUGAACAUGGAGACCCGAGCCAUGAACCUUCAACAGAGACAAACACUACCCAAGAACAACCUGAGAGAAAACUACAGACACACAUGAACAGGCAAAAGGGAAAGAAAUUCAGUGAGACAUUAGUAGAUACUGCACAAGAUGCUCAAGACCAUGAUCCAGGUGAUCAAUAUGAGCACAAUCAUGUUGAUAAACAUGAUCAUGUACACGAUUCAUCUCACUCACGUGUACGCAUUCACAAACGCCAUAAUGACCAGGCCACCGGUCAUAGACACCAAGAUCCUACUCCUGGUAACGAGGAUCGCCAUACCAGCAAGCGUGAAGCGCCUCAUAAACAGAUUAGUGUAAGAAACCAGGCCACCAGUCAUAGACACCAAGAUCCUACUCCUGGUAAUGAGGAUCGCCAUACCAGCAAGCGUGAAGCUCCUCAGAAACAGAUUAGUGUAAGAAACAUCUUUUCAACGCAUAGUCACAAGGAUCACAGUGAGGAUGAACAUCAACAUGAAGAGUGUUUAAAUGUCACUCAACUACUGCGGUACUACGGUCUUGGAACCAACUCUCCAAUAUCUCCUGACUUGUUUACGUACCUGUGCCCUGCAUUGCUGUAUCAGAUUGACAGAAGACUUUGUAUUGAGCAUUAUGAUAAUUUGCUGGUUGAAGACUUGAAGAAAGAUAAAAGUGAAGCAGCUACGAAUAAAGAUAAAAUAGGUGCAUCAGCCUGGCUUUGUGGUAUCAUUUCUAUCACUGUCAUUAGCCUGCUCUCCUUGUUAGGCGUGAUCUUGAUACCCAUCAUUAACCAAGGGUGCUUCAAAUUCCUUCUAACCUUCCUGGUUGCUCUGGCCGUUGGAACACUGAGUGGAGAUGCACUACUCCAUCUGUUGCCACAUUCGCAAGGAGGCCAUAACCACAGUCACCACGAGGACCACGGUCAUAUUCACGAACACAGGCAUUCUCAUGGACAUUCCCAUGGGCAUGGAACAGGAAAUGAAAGCUUUCUGGAAAAAUAUGAUGCAGUAUUGAAAGGGCUCGUAGCUGUUGCCGGCAUUUAUCUUUUGUUCAUCAUUGAGCACUGUAUAAGAAUGUUUAAGCACUACAACAAACAAAAGUCUAACCAGAAGUGGUGCAAGAAAAAACAGAAGACUGAAGAAUCACCAAUUGGAAGGAAGCUUUCAGAACACAAACUGAAUAAUAGGCCAAAUGCUGACUGGCUUCAGCUCAAACCCCUGGCAGGUGCCGAUGACUCAGUUGUAUCUGAAGAUCGACUUAAUGAAACUGAACUAACUGAUCUAGAUGGCCAGUUGGAAUCCCCUCCUAAAAACUUUCUGUCUGUAGAAGAUGGAAACCACAUGCACCAUUCUUACAAUGACGUCUCUCACUCUGUUCACGACCAUGAUCUUCAUGAUACAGAGUAUGAUGACAACCAUGGAGAGGAUAAAAUAGCUAGGAAACACAACCAUCACUGGCAUCACAAACAUUCCCAUCAUUCCCAUGGUCACUGCCAUUCUGGAAAGGACCUGAAAGAUACUGGAAUUGCUAAUAUAGCUUGGAUGGUAAUUAUGGGAGAUGGCAUCCACAAUUUUAGCGAUGGUUUAGCAAUUGGAGCAGCUUUUAGUGCCGGAUUGACAGGAGGAAUUAGUACAUCUGUAGCAGUGUUUUGUCAUGAGCUUCCCCAUGAAUUAGGUGAUUUUGCCGUGCUGCUUAAAGCAGGUAUGACAGUAAAGCAAGCCAUUGUGUACAACCUCCUGUCUGCUAUGAUGGCUUACGUAGGGAUGCUGAUAGGCACAGCUGUUGGACAAUAUGCCAAUAACAUCACUUUAUGGAUCUUUGCAGUCACCGCGGGCAUGUUCCUUUAUGUUGCAUUGGUAGAUAUGCUUCCAGAAAUGCUUCAUGGAGAUGGCGAUAAUGAAGAACAUGGAUAUUGUCCAGUGGGGCAAUUCAUUCUCCAGAAUUUAGGCUUGCUCCUUGGAUUUGCUAUCAUGCUGGUGAUUGCACUGUAUGAAGAUAAAAUUGUGUUUGACAUCCAGUUUUGACCAUUUCCAGAAAUU